AUGGCUUUAAUAGAUCACAUACAUACAGUGAUAGAUAGUGUGAAGCGCUAUAUUGUUUGUCUUCAAAACAAGAGAUGUAGUUGUGAACAAUUCCAGCUUUAUGAACUUCUCUGUGCACAUGAUUUGGCGGCUUUAAGGCAUAGGAAUGAGUCUUAUGAAAACUAUUGUUCUCCUUAUUACACGAAGGACAACCUCUUACAUACUUAUGAAAUACCAGUAGACAUGUUGCCUGAUGAAAGUAAAUGGAAGGUACCACAACAUAUAGCUGAAGAAGUUAUAAUGCCACCUACCGGGAAAAGACAGGCAGGAAGACCUCAAAAACAAAGAUACAAACUAUAUGAUGAAGUAAAUGCAAAGAAGUACAAGGUUUCAUGUGGCAACUGCGGACUAGAAGGGCAUAACAAAAGAUCUUGUAAGAAUGCUCCCAAGAGAAAAUAA